UAUGGCAGUCUGGGCAAUAAAAAAUUGUGUGUUUUGUUGGCUUGUUGGAUAAAAAAAAAAGAAAAAAGAAAAGAAGAAAAGAAAAAAAACUCAAUGGCUGAUAAUAAACCCAAACUCCCAUUCCGCACGAAGCUCCUCGCCUCCGCCUAUGCCCUGAUAUCUUCCUUCUGUUUCCGCUCCGACGGCACCGUCAACCGCCGUCUCCAAAACCUAAUCCACCGCAAAGUGCCCGCCCCGGCCACCACCCUCGUCGGCCAAGCCUCCGUCUCCUUCACCGACGUCCCAGUCGAACCUUCUAGAAACAUCUGGUUUCGCCUCUUCGUCCCCUCCGUUGACCAAUUCAACUCCCCUCUCCCCCUCGUCGUCUACUUUCACGGCGGCGGAUUCGACUCCCUGGGCCCCGAUCUGAAGGAAUACCACGAUUUCUGCUGCCGAAUCGCUGCGUCCGUCCCCGCCGCCGUCGCCUCCGUGAAAUACCGCCUCGCGCCGGAGCACCGGUACCCUGCGGCGUACGACGACUGCUUCGACGCCUUGAAGUUCAUCGACAGCGAAAAUUGCUCCGUCCUCCCGUCGAAUGUGGAUCUCGAGGACUGCUUUCUCGCCGGAGACAGCGCCGGGGGGAACAUCGCGCACCACGUGGCGGCGAGAUCGUGCGGAUCGAGCUUCCGGAGGCUGAGAAUUUCCGGCUUACUGUCGAUCCAGCCGUUCUUCGGCGGCGAAGAGCGGACGGAAUCGGAGAUCCGCCUGGGCAGAGGGGUGUUGCUGACUCUGGACCGCGCGGACAAGGCGUGGCGGAAUUUCCUGCCGGAGGGCGCGAGCAGAGACCACGAGGCGGCGCACGUGUUCGGGGGGAAGUUGCCGGAGAAGUUUCCGAGGACGCUUCUGAUCAUCGGAGGGUUCGAUCUGCUGCAAGAUUGGCAGCGGAGGUACGGCGAAUGGGUGAGAAGGUGUGGGGUGGAAGUGAGGGCGGUGGAGUAUCCCAACGCGAUCCAUGGAUUCUAUGCCUUCGGCGAGUUGCCGGAAUCCGCCAUGCUUGUUGAAGAAAUCAAUAACUUCAUGGGAACUAGUAAUUAAAUUAUUAGACUCAUGCUAGAAAUCAAUGACACUACGGAUGACAAUUGUCUAUAAAUUCAUGUAUGCGUACAAUAAUCGAAGACAAUAAUUGGUUGUGAAUAUG